AUGUCCACCCGAAGGCACCAUGUUGGAAAUAGGGCAAAUCCUGACGCCAGCUGUUGUCUUGGGGUGUUCGGAUUGAGCACCACAGAAAGAGACCUGAGAGAAGUGUUCUCUAAAUAUGGCCCCAUUGCUGAUGUGUCUAUUGUGUAUGACCAGCAGUCUAGAUGCUCAAGAGGAUUUGCCUUUUUGUAUUUUGAAAAUGUAGAUGAUGCUAAGGAAGCUAACGAACGUGCCAAUGGAAUGGAGCUGGAUGGACGUCGAAUUACGGUCGAUUUCUCUAUAACAAAAAGGCCCCAUACCCCAACACCAGGAAUUUACAUGGGGAGACCGACUUAUGACAGCUCACGCCUCUGCGAUUUUUAUGACAGAGGAUAUGAUCGGGGUUAUGAUGACCAGGACUAUUACAGGAGAUCAUACAGCGGAGGUGGUGGAGGAGGCGGCAGAUGGAGGGUUGCUCAAGACAGGGAUCAAAUUUACAGAAGGUGA